AUGUAUCUGAAUGUAUUUAUAUUUGCUCUCUUCACUCUUGAUAUGUUUAUUUCAAUGAUCAAAGGUCAUAUCAAGCCAUAUGCACCAGAAUUACAUAAUAACACAUUGUGGUGUCGUUUAAAAAUCUAUCUAUCAACAAUUGCCCUUAUUUCUGCACUGUAUUCAAAUACAUUGCAAGCUCUUCAUCGUUUGUUUAAAAUCGUUUAUUACAAGCAUCCAUUUCUCUUUCGUAAUCUUCAUUUAUAUAUUUUUGGUAUAUUCAUCCAAGUGUUUCUGAGUGCAUCUCUACAAUUACCAAUACUACUCCUAGGUGAUUAUGAUUAUGAAGAUUAUCAUUGUCAAGUUUAUUUAACAAAUUGGCGUGGUAUAGCACGUGGAGCUUCUCUUGUUUGGCUUCCACCUGUUUUACUUACAAUUGUUAUCUAUGCAUAUACAAUGCGUUAUAUACGGUGUCAUGUAUCAACAUUUACCCUUCUGCAAAAAAAAAGAAUCGAUCGCGAUUUCACUGUCAUAAGACGUAUCUUAUGGUUAAUUAUAUUCAUAGUCUUAUUUGGUAUACCUGCAUGUAGCACAACUAUUGUGUAUUAUAUAUUUGGUUAUGUUGGAUGGUGGGCCAAUCAUUUGACAUGGUUAACAUUUAUAUUAUCUUUUAAUGGCAUGAGUAUCGUGCAUACAUAUUAUGCGCCUCAUAUUCGUGCUCUAUUGUCAGGAACACGAAAUCAAAUUACGUUCACAGCAGAGGCAGCAAUAUUACCCAUAAAUACAUAA